GGGGGCAGGAGGAGGAGGCGGCGGCGGUGCCGGAGCGGCCCCGUACCUGGAAGCAGCUCUGAGCCCCACUAAGUUGAGACCCAUGGCUACGGUGCUCAUGUGCCGAAGAUUGCCCAGGCUGAGCAGGGUGACAGCGAUUUCCGCCACGGCCAAGCGUGGGAGCAGCAAAAGCAAGAAGGAAAAGGGAGAUAAACCAGGAGCAGCCAAGACUGGGACUCACUCAGGGGCCACAAUCCAGCUGCUGAAGGCCCAGGACUACAGAGUGCUGUACAAUCCAGCUGCCUAUGCCAAAGGCAGGGCUGGCUCCCAGCAGCACGGGGAUAGGGACAGCAGCCAGGCCCUGGGUGACACGUUCACCAGCCCUGGCGCUGCACAGGCUCCACAGACAUUCCCCACUGCCUCUUCCCAAGCUUUGUCACCUGGCAGGAGUGCCCUGCCCAAGGCCAGCACGCUCCUGGAGCAGAGCAGGCUGUACAAGGAGGAAGCAGAGGAGGAGAAGCGGGAAAUGCACGACUCCAAGGAGGACCCGCGCACGUUCCAGAAGGGCAGGCCCGAGUACAGAGCUCUCACCUGUGACAGCGCUGAGCCAGCACAGCCCCUCCCUGCAGAGGAAGGGGACAGGAUUUUACAGAGUGUGGCAGGCUGUGAGGGCAGCCCUGGGGUUCUCAGGGAUUAUUUCCUCCAGCUGAGCCGUGUGCCGGCGGAGCGCCGCGCGGCGCUGGGCUCGGAUGCCAGGUUCAGUGCCCUGUGUCACCGAGCUGUCACGGCCAUCAGGCUGUUCAGCACCCCAGAUCUCAUCCUCAUUUUAAAGGCUUGUGUCCCCUUGGCCGUGCCAGCCUCCCACCCCCUGCUCAACGCGUGCGAGGCCGAGUUCUGCCGGCGGGCGUGGGACAUGGGCCUGGAGCAGCUGCUGCUGGUGGCGGAUUGCUGGCGCUGCCUGGACCGCAGCGUGCCCUCCUACCUGGGCAUCCUGUUCAGCUAUGCCAACCUGCGCUGGAAGGACCUCACCCUGCCCCAGUUUGUGCAGCUCCUCUACAUCAUCGGCGAAGGCCGGAGGUCGCCCGCGGACUUGGCGCAGAAGGUGGAGAGCACCAUCCUGAAGCACUUGGACGCCUUCACCUUGGAGGAGCUGGGUGCCAUCUGCUUGGGGCUCUUCAAAUCCCUCAGUGGGAUUUCUGAGCACGUCAUGAGGAGGAUUGCAGACAGGGUGGCCCUGCAGAUGGAGGACAUGAGCACCUACGCCUUGGUGAACGUGCUCAAGAUGCUGCGCUACACGCGCAUGGACCACCUGCCCCUGAUGAGGGAGCUGGGCAGGGUGAUUCCUGCUCGGAUCCCUGCCACAAACAUCCAGGGCAUCAUGCACAUCACUCUCACCUACUCAUCCCUGCACUUCUUUGAUGAGGAUGUUUUGGCUGCUGUUGCCACCUCGUUGCCUUCCAAGGUGUCCUACUGCCGGAGCAAGGACGCUGCCAAAUUCCUGUGGUCGUUUGGGUGCCUGGACUACGAACCUCCCAACGAGGAGGAGUUUUACUCCAGCCUGAUAAAGCAAUUGCAUGCAAAACUCCAUGAGUUUAGCAAGUUUCCAGAGCAUCUCCUUACUGCUCUGCUUGGCUUAGCUUUUGUCAAACGCUUCCCAGAGGAGCUGAUAGACUUUGCUUUGAGGGAGGAGUUUGUCCAGAAAACCAGAGGUAGCAAAUAUGAGCUCAACAAGGACCUGUUCACCCUUGGUAAGAGCGUUGAAAUCGAGUGCCCCACCUACCAAGGCAGCCACCUCACACCUCAGCUGUGUCAGGAGUUCGCUGAGAUGGUCUCAAGCUUUGCAGAGAGGGAAAUCUACGUCAGGCCUGAAAUUGUGGAAGCCACGUCCCUCCUGGAGAGCAUGUUGGGAGGCCCUGAGUAUGUGAAGAACCACAUGAUCCUGCCCCACACCAGGUCCAGCGACCUGGAGGUGCGCUUGUCCACGGAUGGACGUCCCAUCCCUUUCAACUUCAAGGAUCCUGUGGCAACCAAGAAGCUGAGAGACAUGGGAGUUAAUCUUACAGAUGAUUUAAUGUCUCAGCUCAUACAGGGGAGAGCUCAUAACCGGAGUCCCACAGAGGUGGGGAAUGAAUCCAGGAUUCCCAGCCAGGAGAGAGGGAACACAACAGUCACAACAUAUAUGGGUGGAGCUCUUCCUGCAGGUGCCACAUCCCAGGCUGAGCCUAAGGCAGGGCUCUGGCAGCCUGGGGAGGUGAGGCUGGCACUGCAGGUGUCCAACAGGAACCACUUCUGCUACGGCUCCAGGCGGCUGCUGGGGCUGCACUGCCUGAAGCGGCGGCAGCUGCAGCUGCUGGGCUACGCCGUGGUGGAGCUGCCCUUCUGGGAGUGGUUCCCCCUGCUCAGGCGCACGCGCUCCGAGAAGCUCAGCUACCUCCACUACAAAGUCUUCAGCCCAGCCCUGCUCACCAGGGCUGCCUAGUGGGGAAAAGAGUCUUCCCAGUGCUUCAUUCCUGGGUACUGGAUAAAAUGGUCUCAGUUGCUCUGUGAGGCCGUUUCUGCUCUGGUGGUAUCUGUGCUUCCCAUACUCUCCCAUGCUCAGCUACCUCCACUACAAAGUCUUCAGCCCAGCACUGCUCACCAGGGCUGCCUAGUGAGGAAAAGUCUCCCAGUGCAUCAUUCCUGGAUGCUGGAUAAAAUCAUCUCUGGGUGGUAGCUCCGUUGUGUUCUGUGUGGCCAUUUCUGCUCUGUACUUCCCGUGCUGUCCUUUUGUACCUGGAUCCUCAAAUGCUUCCACCACAAAUUAAAGCUCCUAAUGAUUCAUUUUGCUCUGUGGCUGCUUCUUUCACCGCCCUAAAUGAGAGUGGUUGGAUUUGGGGCUGGGAUAUUUAGUCAUGAGGCUGAGCUGG